CGGAAGGGCUGCUGCCGGAGCCCGGCUAUCGAGGCGCCCGCGAUGGCUGAAGCAGCCACACUCGCCGCCGAGUCCCUCGCUGGCGGGAAGGCCCGGGCGGCGCGCACAGUGCUGGGCCAGGUGGUGCUCCCGGGUGAGGAGCUGCUGUUGCCGGAGCAGGAAGACGCCGAAGGUCCUGGCGGUGCUGGUGGGCGGCCGCUGCGCCUGAGUCCCGGCGUGCGUUCCCGGGUGCGCGUAGUGUGCGGCCCCGGCUUGCGGCGCUGCGGGGACCGUCUCCUGGUCACCAAGUGCGGCCGCCUGCGUCACAAGGAGCCCAGCGGCGGCGGCGGCGGCGUGUACUGGGUGGACUCGCAGCAGAAGCGGUAUGUCCCAGUGAAAGGAGACCAUGUGAUUGGCAUUGUGACAGCUAAAUCUGGAGAUAUAUUCAAAGUUGAUGUUGGAGGAAGCGAGCCAGCUUCUUUGUCUUACUUGGCAUUUGAAGGUGCAACUAAAAGAAACAGACCAAACGUACAGGUUGGAGAUCUCAUCUAUGGCCAAUUUGUGGUUGCUAAUAAAGAUAUGGAACCAGAGAUGGUCUGUAUUGACAGCUGUGGACGAGCUAAUGGAAUGGGUGUGAUCGGACAAGAUGGUUUGCUUUUUAAAGUGACUUUGGGCUUAAUUAGAAAGCUUCUAGCUCCAGACUGUGAAAUUAUCCAGGAAGUUGGAAAGCUCUAUCCACUGGAGAUAGUAUUUGGAAUGAACGGAAGAAUAUGGGUUAAGGCAAAGACAAUUCAGCAGACUUUAAUUUUGGCAAACAUUUUGGAAGCUUGUGAACACAUGACAACAGACCAAAGGAAACAGAUCUUCGCUAGACUGGCAGACACCUGAUACAUGGGGACUUUUAUCUGGGUCAUUUGAGCUGCAA